CUCCAGCCCCAGACGGCUAAGCCGUCAUGUUUCGGCUCAGCAGCUGUUCAACAUGUCGGUUCCAAAAACCGGCAGCUUGGUGCGCUUGGAAGACGGAACCUUAGGAGUCCAGAGCCAUGGGCAACGCGUCUUGCUCUUGGGCGCCACCGAAAGUGCAUCGACGUCAGUAACUGUCGCAUCGGACCUUCGAAAACCAUUACAAGGAGGUGGAUCCGACAGUUUCGACUUGGUCUUAGGACCCCAAACUUCCGAUGCCAUCUUAGGAGAAGAAAUGUCUCAAUGUCUCUUUGAGAAAGGCUUCUGCGUCCUUCGAAUGCCUUCGCCUUCCUCACCUGACCUCCUCCCCGUGAUGCGGGAUCUCGCAGAAGACGGACAGCUGGGCCGGCUACCCGAAGAAGUUGAAGAGGGCUAUUUGGGUCUCGGUGGUAAAGGCCGAAUCCUUUGGCUAGAUCCGGAGUCAAAGAACCUCCAUCAAGCCUUGGUGGCAGCAGAUCAGAGCCUUUCCUACUUGGCAUCUGUUUUGCAGCCCUUCAGUGGCGACGUAUUUGAGAAGCCCAUCAAGGAACGGACUCCAGCCUUGUUCAGUUUGUCCUUAGACGAGGAAGAAGAAGAGGACUAUCCCAUUCCCCCAGCAGAUGACAAGAUUCUAGGUGACUUUUUAAGCACCUGGCGCCGUGGCCUUGUUCGAGUGAUCCACUUUGUCGGUCCCAACUCCACCUUGCUGGAGCUGGAGACGAAGGAAGGUCCGGAUGCCGCGGCCUUGCCUUUGCAAGAAGAAGUGAUUCGAAUCACUGCAUCACCGGGGACCUUGUUGCUCUUCCGACCAGAUUGCUUUACGCAUUCAACCACUUUCAAUGGUGAGGUCUUGACCAUCUCAACGGCAUUCCUCUCGGAACAGCCCAGAUGGUUCCUCAAUCCUGCCAAGGACUUUGAUCCUUCAACGUGGUUAUGUCUGGGAGGAAGCAUAGCGCCAAAUGGCCCUCCCCCACCCGAAGGACAGGGUAUCAAUGUCUUGCACAUUGCGACCCGUAUGCCAGCACAAUGGGAUGAGCCAGAGAUGUACAAUACUGGCCUCAAUGCUGGUACAGAUGCAGUGAUUGAGAUUCCGGUGACUAGAUUUGAUGUUGAUGCGUACUUCACAGCGGAUCCCGAUUCCAUUACAGUGAUGAAUCCCAGGAUGAACCAAAAACACACCAGUUUCGUCGAUGGCAUUGAGCUCUUCGACAACAAAUAUUUCGAGAUUUCCAGCAAUGAAGCGAACAAUAUGGAUCCAUUGCAACGACAAGUCUUGGAGGUUGGUGGUGCCUUGAUGUAUCAGAUGGGCGUCAGCAAGAAGGUCUCCAACAAGAAAUCUCACCAUGUGGGCUUUUCGGUGGGUGUGGACAAAGCGGACUUUCCUACUUUGGGACUUGGAUGCGGUGGCACCAAUGCUUUGGCGAUCAUUGCCAAUCGCUUUAGUUUCGUCUUCAACUUGAAGGGUCCCAACUACAUUUGUGACACCGCUUGUUCAGCAUCUCUGACAGCAACACAUUUGGCCAAGCCUUUGUUGUUGGAUCGCACUUGGGAUGUCUUGGAUUUCCAUGUAGCCACUGGAACACAUCUCUGCUUGUCGCCAGGGCCAUGGGUUGGAUGUGCCUUGGGCCAUAUGACUUCACCUCAAGGCCGCUGCUUCACCUUCGAUUCAACCGCCAAUGGUUACCUGCGAGGUGAAGGGACCUCGGGUAUGGUCUUGAAGUAUGGCGAAUAUGAUGCGAAAGGUUGCAUCUAUCGAGCCUCCUGUGUCGGCCAAGAUGGCCGCAGUGCAUCAUUGACAGCACCCAACGGACCUGCACAAGAAGAGAUCAUUAACAAGGCCAUUCGAGAGGCGCGAAUGACGCCGCCAGAGUCCACUUGUUGGGAAUGCCAUGGCACCGGUACAUCUUUGGGGGAUCCCAUUGAGGUGGGCGCGGUGCGCAAGGUCCAACGGAAAAUGCCCCGGUCGGAGCCUUUGAUGAUGUCUUCCAACAAGAGCAACAUCGGACACUUGGAGGGUGGCGCUGCCAUGGCGGCGAUGGUCAAGUGUGUCUUAGGAGUGAAGAUGAAUCAAUGUGUUGCAACUUUGCAUGCCAGACAGUUGAAUCCUCACUUGGAGCACACCGUGUUCGAUGCCUUCUUCGAAACAGAGCGGACUUGCUUCGCAUAUGACCGAGCUCAUAGCCAGAUCUCCUCCUUUGGCUUUGGCGGCACGAAUGGCCAUUGUAUCUUUUGGGGUAGGUCGGGUGUGGGAAAAGAGGAUGUGGAGACCUUGUUGUUGCGACGGAUUGCCAAGAUGUCCCCUGCAGAAAUCCGUCCUGUGGGGAACAAUCCAGAUGAUUGGGAAGCAGAUCUUCCGGAAGCGAAUCCCCAAGCUGGCGAUAUUUAUUCCAUCAUAUUGAGACCAGAAGAUCCCAUGGAUGAACCCAUCAAAUGGGUCAAGGUCCGAGAUGAGGAGGAACGAGAACGACGAGAGAUGGAGGACGUCUAUACUAUCACUGGGACUUUCAACCAUUGGCAGCAAGACAGCAUGUCCCCUGGGGUGUCAGGUCAGUACACCAUGAUCGUGCUUGUUCCAAAUGAUGGCAUUCUGGAGUUCCGAUUCCUGAAGAAUGGAUCACUGGUCAUUGCGCCUGAGAAGGACAAGUGUACUGAGAAGUUGGCCAAAAUCAGUGCACCCCAGGAGGGCCUAACAACCUGCUGGUCAGUGAAAGCCGCAGCAAACUCAUGCGUGCGCAUUGAGCUGCUGUGCUUAAAGCACAUUUAUACCGUACUUUGGAUGCCAGCAUAGUUCGCUUCCGUUCGAGAAAGCCUCACGCGCAGUGCAUUCAUUCGGAUGAAGGCUUUGUGUGCCUAGGCUUUGUGUCCUUGUGCAGUUUCUCAGAUCAGGUCUUGGACGUCUACUGUUCGG